UUAUUUAUUUAUUAGAUAGACCUUUUGUUUGCUCAGGAAUCAUCAUUACUACGUAUUUAAAUGAGGAGUUUUUUAAAAACUGAGCAAAAUAAAUAUUGGUAAUCCUCAAUUCAACAAUUUACUCUAAAUUAGUUUGGAAAGGAUAAAUGAUGUGUUUAUUCAGGUGUUAAGUUAUUUGAACAGAUCAAUGUAUCAUGGAUAGGCACAAAAAAUGAAUCUCAGUAAUAUGUAAGUACUCCUUUAAACAAUCCAUUAAGGAAAAAACUAAGAUAUACUUGUAUUAAACAAGUUGUAUUCAUAACAAGAAGUCUAAUACAGUAACAAAAGUUUAAAACAAUGGCCUUCUUAAGGGCUAGACUUAGAAAACGUAUAAUAGUAGGAUGUAUCAUUCUGAUUCCAUACCUUAUAUACUUUUCCAAUUGGAAGUUCACAUAUGAAACAAAAGUUGAAGUUAGCCGGAACUAUUUACAAGGAGUGAAAUAUGAAGAUUACUACAUCAAAGCAGACGGAUAUUACAAAUUUAGUUCUCAGACAGUGGGUUUGAUCAUUGGAAACAAUAGAUCUGAUUAUAGAAGUCAACAAAUGGAAUCAUCUCUUUUGUACGAAUUUUCUCCUGAUAUUGAAGAGAAUGUAAGGAACCUGUUUAUCAAUGAAAAUGGAACUAAUGAUCAGCUUGAAUUUCAUGUUAUCAGUCCAGCUAUUUUGCCUUAUAAGGGUAAUAUUAUGGUUGUGGCGAGAGUUUGGUUGAAUUAUGAGCGUCGUCGUUCAGUAGAUAGAUUGAAUGAGAAGAACCAAUGGAUGGACAACUAUCUUUAUUCGCAGAUGUUUGAUGGCAAAAUGCAUCCUAUAUCUCCUGGCAAAUUACUCGGCAUCCCAGCUCCUGUCCAAUAUAAAAUGAAUGCUGGCUGCUCGGAUGCCAGACUUUUUAAAUGGAUGGGAUCUCUCAUGAUCUCUUUUUACAUGACUAUAAGAGACAAUAAAAGUAUAGACAUUGGACAGCUAUAUUUAUUGGAUUAUGAGCACAACAUUAUACGGAAGCCAAAAAUUGUAAAUCACACAAUUGCCAGAAUUGAUUCAAAUUGGGCACCUUUAAUAAUAAACGAAUCUCUUCAUUUUGUUUACACAAUGGAUCCAUUGAGAAUUCUAAAAUGUACAAGAGAAGAAAAUAUGGAUAUAAUCUGUCAUUUUAUCAUGUCUAUUGAUACUGCCUUAGUGGAGUAUCCAUUUCACAGACGGACUGACUUUUUGCGUGGAGGCUCACCAUUUUUACCAUAUAAGGAGUCUUAUUUCAUCAGCGUGACUCACUCAACCUUGACAUAUAUAACUGAUGAUCAGGAAUGGCCUCAUCCAAUAUAUGGUGCCCAUAUUGUACUUCUCAAAGUUUACCCAUUUAGAAUAAUUUAUGUCAGUGAACGUCUCAAAAUUCACCCUCGUAUUUAUGACAAAAUACCGAUAGUUCGAAACAAGUACAUUCUUCACCCAUUCUUGUACCCAAUUGGUCUCAUCAUAGAAGACAGCAACACUAUUGAUAUAGGCAUCCAUAUAAAUGAUUAUAGAGCAUUUAUUAUUCGUCUUACUGGAAUUGAAAAUGUCUUAGAUGAGGCCAUAAUGAUAGACAGCGGGAAUAAUGGCUAUAAGGAAACAGCACAGCCUAGAUCUAUUCAGCAGUUUGUGAAACAUUCACUCCAGAAAUCACAUUUUAAUCAAACUUGGAGAAUUGAGGAGGAAAAUACAAAACAGAACAUAUCUUGAUAAACCUCUGAUGGUUAAUAUUUAAACAAUUAAUUCAACUUGAAUUUUGAAUUCAUUUGCAUUUAGUAAUUGCAGUAUCAUUUUUU